CCAGAAGUGUCCUCAAUGGUUUUAAUCUCAUCACUUCUCUAUUUCUCUGGGAAGAUGAACAGAAGGCCUGAAAAAUGUAAAGGUGAUGUUGAUGAGGACCAUCGGCCCUCAAGAGAGGACAGAAGUCAGAAAACCAAAACACUUUGGCAGCACGCAUGGCCUCUGGAGUUUAACAGGCAAUUUUCCAGACAUGAGGUGGAACAUGACUUUUUCUUCAACUUCAUCUGUCAAAGCUGCCACAGAAACACUAGCAACUGAUGGAAAUUAACACUUGAAAUGCAACUUCAGCUGUAGUAAAAGUGAUAACUAUAGAUUAUCUAAAAUUCCAAAUAGCUCUUGAGCACCCUCGAAACACCUCACACCUCUCUCUCGAUGAUUAAUUUACAUAUCAAAUAUAACUGAUGAAAUGACUUCGUUGAUGAUUUCAUUAUGUUUUCCUUGUCAUUAUUAAUAUUAAUAGUGAUAUUGUUUCAUCACAGACAUUUUGCAUACAGUGGUGCCUUGAAAUAUGAGUUUAAUUCAUUCUGUGACCACAAUUGUAUCUCAAAACACUUAUAUCCCAAACCAUCUUUCUCCAUGAAAUGACUGCAAAUGCCACGAAAAUACAACUCUAUAAUAUUAUAGUUUAUAAAAAACACAAUAAUAAAAAUAGAAUUUAAAUAAACUGUUUCUGCAUCACUAUUUAGUUUUUCAAUUCAAUUAAUUGUGCUGCUCCUUCUGGUGUGCCCGCCUUACACAGUAUACUAUACAGUCAUACGGUCAACUACCAGUAAUGAUGCGAUCAGUAUAUUUGUUUGCAUUCACUUUCAUAUGUAUUAGUAAUUAAUUUAGCCUUCUUCUAAAAGCACACUUUGGAGAGCUUCAAUUGACCAUGACUAUAAUUUACUGUCCUUUAUUUAUCUGCAAUUGUGUAUUUAACACAUUAAAAGUCUUGUACUAGAAAAAAAUCGAUUUCAAUAAUACCAACAGCAACACUUUUAUCCGUGAAUUCCACAUAACAGAGUGGGAUAAGCAUGAAUCUCCAUUAAAAAGUUGAAAGUUUAAGUGUAUAAUUUCUUCAUAUUUUCAUUAAGUGGCAUUUUGACACACUGGUUCCAUCAUUAGUGUUGUUUUGGCAGCUCGGCUGACGUAACCAAGCAAUGAUGUUUAGCGGCCAUGUGCCGAAGACUUGUAUGACCACACGAUUUGGUUCUCUGAAAUGAAAAUAACACACCCACUUCGAGAAGAAAAGUCCUGCUGAACUGGAGGAGUUACUUUCACAUCCAUCCUGAGUUUUGACUAGGACAAAAUGUUUACUCUUGAAUGUUGAAAAUUAAGGAAACCGUAAUAUUUGAACCACCUCUCAAUAUGACGCUUUACAGUUAGUUAUACACCGCAGCAUACUAUAACUAAAAUAAUAAACGUAAACCCUAUGACGCCAAAUGUAUCACGUCAUACUUGAGUUCUUGAGGCCUCUGCAUCAUCAAGUUUUAUAUUUUUAUACAUACUUUUGACUUUGCACGGCCCCAACUUAGUUUUUCAAGUUAAGUGCCUUUGCUUUUUUUGGGGUUGUUUUGUUGUGUUUUGCUUUGUGUUGCAAGCAAAAAUGUGAUUUACAAUUGACACAUCCAGACAUUGAAUAUAACAGUACUCACAGCCAUAUAUUAUUUAUCUCUGCGAGGAGCUGAGUCUAUUCUGUAUAAAGGUCUUAUACUGCCCCCAUGUGGCCAAGAUGGGCAGCAGUUCAUUUCACUCUCUGCGGAAGGAACUUGAUUGUGCAUAACAUGAGACUUGGAAGUGGACAUGAGCAAUGUCAUUUACAUAUCAUGCUGGGAAAAGAUCACCCAAGAGGAAAGAAAUACUGUACAGUAUGUGUUUGGCUUGAUGUGUUGCAAAUGAUGGCUGUGAUUUUUUUAUACAACCCCACACGAUAUCCUUCAGAAAUAAAACUUGAUGACUCAUGAGAAUUCAUUCUCUCAGAGAAAUGUUCUUUCCUAAUCGUGGCACAAGGUACUCCAUAUAAUUACAGCUUCCAUGACAUCUGAACAUGAAAACUGUAUAAUUUACGAUCAUUCUUAAUUCUUUGAAAGACGUUUCAUUCCAAAUGUGCUAUCUAAGUGUGUAAAAGGAAAUAGAAGGGUGAUGUAUGACUUUUGGUGACUCUGUUUAAUGUGUAGUUCAUCAGGUGCGUGGGCCAUUAAUAGUCACAACUUCAUCCAUUUGUAAAUACCAGUGAAGCCUUGUUAUCAUGAAAUCUUUAUCUGUGGAGAGGAAAAGAUGAUGUGAUUCACAUUUUUGUCCUUGUUACCGUUCUGCACAAAAUUGUCAUCACAUUAUGAGCGCUACCUAUGGCGGCAGCGAUUUUUACAAGUCGCAGUUUAGCAGAUAGUGAACGGUUCUUUAAAAGGGGGGCCAAAUGCAUGUUUCAAGAUGUUUAUUGCACUCCCACUUCAGUUGAAGUUUACGCUAAAAGUAACAAAAUACAGAGAAUUACACAUUGUGGAUUUAACUAAACCACAUCUGCUAGCUUAACGCAAACACACGAUGCAAAAAGCCGUAGGCGGGCUCAUGAAACUUGCAUCGCUAUUGGAGUAAUUAUAAACCUUUAAAAAGGUUCUAUUUGAACACAAACGGUAGAGCAAACAACAACACUGCAAUCACAGGGAUAUAUUCUUUAUCCUCUGCUAAAAACUACUAAGAUUAUUACAGCUUUGUUGAGAAGGUCUUCUGUUUCAUAACACUGGGGAACAAUUUGGAAAAAAAAAUUCUGUUGCGUUAAGAUUUUUAUCCUGAUUAAAACUAAAGUUUUAUAAAACAAGCACAUAUAUGUUAAGUACAGUAUUUUUCAUAUUUUUUAAGAAAAAAGGGAAUCUAUAUUCCAAAAACUUGACGUGAUAGAGAAAACCUGAGAUCAGUUUUUGAUUCGGCACCCAAAAAUUAGUUAAAAACAGCUGUCAGACCUAACUCAACAAAAAUUGCGUUCCCCAGUGUAAUCGCAGAAUAAAACUGUUGAGGUACUGUAAUAAGCCAUGUAUGUUCCAGGGAUUCAUCCAUCCAUCCAUCCAUUUUCAACACCGCUUAUCCUGGGUAGGGUCGCAAGGUGCUGGAGCCUAUCCCAGCUGACUUCGGGCGAAACGGCCGACAACCUGAACUGGUCGCCAGUCAAUCGCAGGGCACAUAUAGACACGGACAAACAUCCGCACUCACAUUCACACCAUCACUGAGUGGGAACUGAACCCACGCUGCCCACACCAAAGUCAGGCGAGUGCACCACUACACCAUCAGUGACUUCCAGGGGUUCAUCCAUCCAUCCAUUUUCUGAGCCGCUUCUCCUCACUAGGGGCCGCGGACGUGCUGGAGCCUAUCCCAGCUAUCAUCGGGCAGGAGGUGGGGUACACCCUGAACUGGUUGCCAGCCAAUCGCAGGGCACAUACAAACAAACAAACAAACAACCAUCCGCACUCACAUUCACACCUACGGGCAAUUUAGAGUCUCCAAUUCAUGCAUGUUUUUGGGAUGUGUGGGGAAACCGGAGUGCCCGGAGAAAAUCCCCGCAGGCACGGGGAGAACAUGCAAACUCCACACAGGCGGGGCCGGGGAUUGAACCCCGGUCCUCAGAACUGUGAGGCUGACGCUCUAACCAGUCGGCCACCGUGCCGCUCCAGGGGUUCAAUGUAUUGUAAUUUCAAAGUGUGUAUAUUUCUUUGUUAAUGUGGCAUUACUGAGUAAAGGCUGUUUUGUAGUUUGUAUCACUGAUUUUGACAUUGAACAUGUUUUUGAUAUUUCCACUACUGCCUGAAUUAUAAACAGUUAAGAAUUAUAGGAGCCUAACUUACGCCCUUAUUUUAUAGAUGUUAAGACUUAAGAACGAAUGGACGACGAGUUACUGGGCAAUUAUAUAUACAGCGGCUGAAAUAAGUAUUUAACACGUCACCAUUUUUCUCACUAAAUAUACUUUCAAAGGUGCUAUUGACCUGAAAAUUCCACCAGCUGUUGAGAACAACCCAAGUAAUCCAUUUACGACUUCAUGAGCAGAUGUCAAGGUGAUACGUCUGUCUGUCUGACAGGUCAUUCAGACCCGAGAUUGCAGGUUUCUUGGGGACUGGAAUGAUGGUGGAGCAUUUGAAACAGGAUGGUACUUCGCACAGUUCCAGAGAUCUAUUGAAGAUCUGUGUGAAGACUGGAGCGAGCUGGUCCGUGCAGACUUUGAGGCAGGAUGGGGACACAUGGUCUGGGCCUGCCGCUUUGUUAAUCUUUUGUUGUUUGAAGAUGCGUCUCACAUCCUGUUUGUGGAUGGUCAACGCAGAAGUCAGAUGUGUGAUUGUAGUCGGUGGUGUGGCUGGGUGGGUGUGGGGUGUGAAAGUGUCCUUUUCAAAUCUGCAGUAGAAGGUAUUCAAGUCGUUAGCUCAUGUGCUAUUGUUCUCAGUUUGGGGGGAUCGUCGCUUGUAAUUAGUCAGCGAUUGGAAUGCAUGCUAGACUGAUUUAGAGUCGUUAGCGCUAAACUGUUUUUCCAACUUUGCUGCAUAGUUCCUCUUUGCAAUGUUAAUUUCUUUAGUCAGCUGGUUUCUAGCUUGAUUAUAAAGGGCCCUGUCCCCGCUUUGAUAUGCGUCCUCUUUAGCCUGGCGAAGUUGCUUAAGUUUGGCAGUGAACCACAGUUUGUUGUUAUUGAAUGUGCGAAAUGACUUUGUUGUAUGGUAUACACACAUCUUCACAGAAACUGAUAUAGGAUGUGACCGUGUCCGUGUAUUCAUCCAGGGUGCCAGCUGAAUUUUCAAAGACACUCCAGUCUGUGCAGUCUAGACAGGUUUGAAGUUCUAUCUUUGCCGUAGGCUUCGCGCAUUUAAGUUUUUGCCUGUAUGUCGGUAUUAAGGAAAUUAAGCAGUGAUCAGAUGAGCCCCGAGCUGCACGAGGUUUGGCACGGUAUGUGUUAUUUAGUGUAGUAUAGCAGUGGUCUAAAAUGUUAUUUUCCCUGGUAGGACAGUCGAUGUGCUGCUUUUAUUUAGGGAGGUCGUGGUUGAGUUUAGCUUUGUUAAAGUCCCCGAGAAUAAUGAGUCCGGACUUUUUUUUUCAAUUUCGUUUACUUGUUCAGCGAGCAUUAGCAGUGCGACAUUCGUGUUAGCUUGAGGCGGAAUGUAAACCCCAGCGAGAAUGAAAGAUGCGAACUCAUGAGGCGAGUAGAAUGGCUUACAGUUCCAAAACAGCGACUCUAAAUGCGUGGUGCAGUGUGUGCUGAGCUCCGUGACGCCCGGACACCAUUUUUCGUUGAUAUAGAAGCAUAUCCCGCCGAACUUUUGUUUUCCCCGAUAACUCCAUGACGUGGUCUGCUCUGUGAAGAUGGAAGACGGGAAGCAUCGGGGACAGACUCACAAAGCCAAGUCUCCGUAUAGCACAGGGCGGCGGAACGUCCGAAGUCUUUACUGGUCUUUUGUCAGAAGAUGAAGCUCGUCCAUUUUGUUGGGUAGGGAGCGUAGGUUCGCAAGGUGGAUCGAUGGAAAUGCCAAUCUGUAUCCUCUCUUUUGCGGAGCUUCACUUGGAUGCCGGCGGGGUUCCCCCUACGUCGCCUCCAUCUCCAUGCACCAUAGACUGCAGUCGCCCCCCCGGCAGACAGAAACAACCACCAAAAUCAAUUCCAAUGCUGAGUCGCAGAUCUUUGAACAUCGCUGUUCUAUGCCUGGUGACCAUCAGCAGCAUCUUGUACAUUAUUUUGAUGAACAACAUGAGUGCGGUGGCGCCUCCGAAACAUGACCGAGCAGAAUUCAGGUCCAACCUGAACAGCUGGUGUCGAGGGUUUGAGACGGCCAUCGCCUCACAGGCCAAAAUGCCCGUGGGAACCAUUCUCCACUACGACGGAGACAACACUGAGCAGAAGGUGACGCCGGACAUCUUCAAAACCCUCAUAAAGCAACAGCCGUUCUCCCAAAAGAUGUUCAAAACGUGCGCUGUGGUCGGCAACGGAGGCAUCCUGAAGGACAGCGGGUGCGGCGAAAUGAUUGACUCGGCUCAGUUUGUGAUGAGGGCCAAUCUACCGCCGUUGGACGACACAUACGCCAAAGACGUGGGGGUCAGGACGGACAUCGUCACAGCCAACCCCACCAUCCUCAUAAAGUACAACUCUCUGUUGGAUUUGGAAUCAAAGCAGAAAUUUGUGGAAGCAGUCAAGAGCUACGGGGAGGCCCACAUCAUCCUUCCCGCCUUCUCCUUCAGCUUCAACACGCUGGUGUCGACGCGGGCAGCCCAGACCCUGCAAGAUUUCGGCAGCCCUGCUCGUGCCGUCUUCUGGAACCCAGAGUACCUACGCAAUCUGUCCCGGUUCUGGGCCGCCAACGGCCUCAAGCCCCGUCGGUUAACCACUGGCAUAAUGCUGGCCAGCCUGGCGCUGGAGCUGUGCGCCGAAGUGCACCUGUACGGCUUCUGGCCCUUCAGCCAACACCCGAACGGACACACGCUCACCCAUCACUACUACGACGACAUCCGUUACAAUUCGUUUUUCCAUGACAUGCCCAAGGAGCAUCAACUGCUAUCCGAGCUGUUCGAGCAGGACUUGCAAGUCGGGGAUUGUCCAGCCGUUGGAAGGGUGUGACUCUUUUCCACCUUAGGAAUCUUUUUCCUACCAACCACAAUAAUAAUAAUAAUAAUCGUAAACUGCUGAGAUACUGUAAUAAGCAAUGUAUGUUGCAGGGGUUCAAUAUAUUGUAAUGUAAACCUGUAUAAUUUCUGUUAAUGUGCCAUUACUGAGUAAAGGCUGUUUUGCA